AUCAACUUCAUUUUAGCGGUGAGAGGCGAGAAACCCAAAACUAUAAGACAGUUCGAACCGCUCAGUAAACCAAAUAAUUAAUUUUCCUGUUAACAAAAGCUAGGGCUUUCACUUUGUUCAUCUGUAAUUGAUCUUUAAUCAGGACAUGGCUUCGUCGGACGAUGAGGCGGAAGUUGGAGUUAUAGCUGUGUCGAACUAUCAUUUUGUAGAUGAUGAGGAUGAACCGAUUUCAUUCUCCACGUUACCCUUUCAAUGGAGUGAAAAGGAGGGUGUUGAUGAAAAGAAUAAGUAUCAGAUUUUCUUGCACGGGUCUGCGAACAGUGGACUUAGGACAGUUCACGUGGGAGUUAUAGCUUGGAAAUUUGAUUUGUUGAAUGCAAAUCCUGAAAUAUCAGUGCUUACCAAGGACAAGAAAUGGAUCAAACUGCAAAAGCCGAGGAAGAGCUUUGAGGAAAUGAUUAGAACUGAAUUGAUUGUGGUGCAUUGUUUCCAUUAUGCUAGGAGGAACCCGGAGGCAUCUAAGAAAUCUGUGCGGGACUACCUUGCCAAGGUUUUCAGCUUGUAUGAUGUCAAACCUUCUCAGAAUGACUUAAUCGACCAGAUGGAUUUAAUAUCUGAAGCUGUUAAAAGGGAUGAUUCUUUGUCAAAAUCCAAGUUUCUACUCUCAUUUCUUGAAGAAAAUCCAAGGAAGAGAGAGCUCUAUGAUGAGGAUGGCGAUAGAUGGUUUGAUCCUGUUUGUACACUUUGUGAUAAUGGUGGAUACCUUAUAUGCUGUGAUGGAUGUAUGAGGUCUUUUCAUGCAUCGGUAGAGCACGGCAAUGAGGCAAUGUGUAUGUCGCUUGGUAUCACAAAGAGGGAAGUUGAUGCAAUGGAGAAUUUUAUUUGUAAGAAUUGUAAAUAUAAGCAGCAUCAGUGCUUUGCUUGUGGAGAGUUAGGAUCAUCUGAUAAAUCAUCUGGUGCUCAGGUAUUCCGCUGUGCCAAUGCAACGUGCAGUUAUUUUUAUCACCCACAUUGUAUUGCAAAGUUACUUUACCAGCAGGAUGGCAAUGCUGCUAAGAUGCUUGAGAAAAAGAUUGUCGCAGGAGAGGAUUCUUUUACUUGCCCCAUUCAUAAGUGCUGUGUAUGCAAACAAGGAGAAAAUAAGAGGAUAAAGGACCUGCAGUUUGCUAUUUGCAGGCGCUGCCCCACAUCAUACCAUCGUAAAUGUUUGCCAAGUGAUAUUUUUAUUGAAAAGAUAACAAAAGAAGGAGAAGAAAAUGAAGAAGAAGAAUGGGAAAUAAGAGGGUGGGAGAAUCUACUUCCCAACCGUGUACUGAUAUAUUGUUUAGAGCAUGAAAUUGAUGAUGAGAUUGGAAUUCCAAUCAGUGACAUAAAAUUCCCUAAGGUUGAAGAAAAGAAGAAGAAGAAGAAGAAACAAAUAUCAGAGUUGCCUGGAAGGAAUAGAAAGCAGCACAGUAAAGAUAAGACUGGGAUAGCUACAACCAAAAAGUUGCUGGAGAAUAGACAGAACAGUGAAAUGCCUCCCAGAAGUGAUGAUUCAGACAAGGAAAUACCUCAUUAUUCUCCACUUAAUAUGGCUGCUAAUAGAUCCUCACAGGAAGGCCCACCAAUCAAAUAUUUUGAAAUUCCUGCAGAUCUAGAAAUGGGCGAAAGUAACUUUCCUGAUAUAGAGACCGGCAUGUUUAAUCCUCAUCUCCCAUAUGGAAGAGCUUACAAGGGUGCCAUGAAUGGAGUAAGACCAAGGCUGGUGGUGCUUGCCAGAGACAUUUGGGGAAAUCGCAACCAGCAUUCAUUUUGGGAGUGGUAUAUCUUGCGAUUUCUUCUCCUCGGAAGUAUUUUAUUUUGCUUAUGUAUGGUUAAACAUUUAAACUCUUGACCACAGUAGUAUUAAAAAUAUGGUUAGCGUACUAUUGUAUUAGGAUGUUUGUUGUUCGGAUAGUGUUCGAUAAAUGUUGUUAAUGUCAUGGAUGUAGCUAUGCUUGGUUUGAAGUCUCGGAUCUGUACCAGGUAUUUAUAUUAUUAUUAUUGUUGUAUGAUAUUAUAUCGUUGUUGUUGGA